AUGGAAGUUAGCUUUGAUCAUCGAAUCCAUGACAACGAGGACUACACCGCGGAGCGAUGCGAGGAAUUAGAAACCAACUACUGGAAGUCACUCAUGUACAACAACCCGAUGUACGGUGCCGACAUGCCUGGUUCGCUCUUCGAGGAUAGUACGACCUCUUGGAACGUUGCCAAGUUGCCCAAUCUGCUCGACGUUCUUGGCCAAAAAGUGCCUGGGGUCAACACUGCUUACCUCUACCUGGGCAUGUGGAAGGCCACAUUUGCUUGGCAUCUCGAGGAUGUGGAUCUCUACAGUAUCAACUACAUCCACUUUGGUGUUCCAAAGCAAUGGUACAGCAUUUCCCAGGAAGAUGCACCUCGCUUUGAGCAGGCAAUGCGCAGUAUUUGGUCCAGUGAUGCAAAGAACUGUGAUCAAUCCCUUCACCACAAGACCUAUCUCGUCUCGCCUAGCCUUCUCAAGUCCCAGUACGGCAUCACUGUCAACCGGUUGGUCCACUAUGAAGGGGAGUUUGUCAUCACCUCCCUUUACGGCUACCACUCUGGAUACAACAUCGGAUACAACAUCGACAAUUGCGCCGAGUCGGUCAACUUUGCGACUGAGCGGUGGUUAGACUAUGCUCGCAUCGCCAAGAAAUGCAACUGCGAGUCAGACAGUGUCUGGAUCGACGUGGAUGAGAUUGAGCGCAAACUGCGUGGCGAGAGCACCCCUGAAUACCACGCUGAAUACGAGAGCGAGUUCGAUGGGUUCGAAGCUGCUUCCGAUAUUCUCACGCCGCCUCGCAGUGUUCCUGAGAAUCCCUCCCGUGGCCGAAAGCGGAAGAACCCGGAUGACGGGCCGAGGACCAAACGAUCCAAACCCCACACCGAUGCCGCGGAAGCUCCCAUGUCUGCUGAUGGCAAAGGCCACGCACACCGACGGUGCGCGUUGUUCGUCGAGGAGACUACAAUCCUUCACGAUGCGUCCGGCACGGAGGUUGUGUGUGAUAUUGACAAGAUCCCCAAGGCUCGCUUGGGUCUGAAGUGUCUCUUUUGCCGCGAAGUCUUCGGCGCUUGCUUCCAGUGCAAUUUCGGCAAAUGCACACGCGCCUAUCAUGCCACCUGUACCCUGUUGGCAGGCGUGCAGAUUGAAUCCGGUGCGAUUGCGGUCAUUGCCAACGAUGGCAGUCAAUACUCAGUUCCCAGUGUUGAUUUAAAUGCAAAUUCCAUCGCCAGAAGCGACCGAACGGAGUCCUGGAAUUUGGUCCAGUUUCAGGUUGACAAGGAAAUUAAUGGCGCCAUUGUGCUUGAAAAUCGACCCGAAGAGCGGAGUCUGUUGCUCAAAGUACUUCCCCGAGGCGAUGUGAUUGAAAUGCCUUACCGGUGGAUGCUGGUGGUUCCGCGCAAGCCCGAACGAAAAGAGUUAGAGUCAGCAGUGCCCGCGGCAGGCAGUGCACGAUCUCCCUAUCAGUGGGCCGAAUUCGAGACGGUGGAUGCGACUAGGAACUAUUUCGCCCCACUCCGGCCGGUGAGAGUUGAGCAGGUGUGGCAUUACUUGGGCACCAAGUCCACCGAGAGUAGGGUACAGUAUACACACAACCCUAGUGUGCCCAUCCACAACCCGCAGGCCAAUUUCCUGGACAGCGUCAAGUCGCUUGGCGUGGCUGGUGUCAGCGCUCGUGCAUCGAAAAUCUCACCCCACCACCAGUUUCAUUAUGCUACCCCUGCCCCUCCCUACCAGCAAAAUCUUUACGCCCAACAACAACGACUCUUGAAUGUCACCCGUCCUUCCGCCUCCCUGCAGCACCUUGCUGCUGGAGCUCCUGCGAUGCCGUCGGCCUUUCGACCACUACCCAAUCAGUCUGCCCGCCAUGCCCCCUACCCCUCGGUUGCCAAAUCGCACGCUCAGCAACAGCAUCACCUCCCAUCCACCAAUAUCUUUGCCAAUGUCCGGGAACUCAUAGCUCGUCGCCGCCUCACUCAAAUAACUGACCACGCCAAUGUUUUUGCCGGAUACGACAUCAUCAGUUCCGAAUUGGUAGUUGAGACCCUGUUGGGUCCGAUGGGCUCAAUACCACCAGUCAAUGGCCUGGAGAAGCUGGAACUAGCCAUGGCACAGCAACGGGUACAGCCACGAGCCGCUGACGGAACCUUGCUGCCACCUCAGACCCUCAACAUGCGGUCGGUAGAGGUCACUCGGCUCCUUCAGAUGUUGCGGUUCUCGCUGGUGAGUCACCGUGAGCGACUGGAUGUGAUUCAAAAGAAAGAGUCAGAAAACAUCAAGCAAGAGACCGUGGAUCGAGGUAGCGUGGCGGCAGCGAAGAUGCCCGGAAAAUAUGCCUACCUCGACCAGCAACAAUCCACCGCUCCGAAUGUCUACCAAUCUCCAUAUAACAUGCCGUCCGGUCUCUCCGAAUAUGCCAAGUCUACAUACGGGUUGAUUCCUGCGGCUGAUGAAUCGCCCAAGGAGUCCCUGGCGAAUGACUUUUUCAAUAGUCUGCCACAGGAGGCCCAGGAAAAAAUCCUAAAGAACUGUGGUAGCUUUGUGCAGCGUGCAAUCGAGCGGUCGGCCAGUCACAGCCGGCAUAGUUCAGCCUCGAAUCUCCGGCUGUCGGCGGCUUCGGCUCAACAAACGGAAAAUCUGAUUAUUGACAUCACCCCGGUGGAGGAUCCCCCUCUACUUUCAGGUCUCGACAUGCCGCUCCACGCAGAUUCCCCAUGCUCCAGUUUCGGCCGGUCGCAUCUCCGAUUCCAGUCGCCAAAUGAGUUCCCCAUGCAUGGACUCGACCCGCACUCUGAUCACCACGAUCUCUUCGGAGACCAACAAGCCAAUGCACGCUUCUGGCAGAACGGGCCGUGGGUCGCCGGGGUUGGCAACACCCCCAAUGACGAGAAUCGACCGUUCUUUGGGCCACACAUCUUCGGGCCACAUGAACGACUCAAGCACGGCUAUGCUUCCUCCGACAUCUCCCUGGGCAAGGGGCCGGGAUCCCUUCACUCCGUCGAUAUGGCUGGGUUCGGGCCGGAUGGAGCUGAUGAUCUCCCACUCAGCCCAUAG